GCUCUGGGGCAGGGAUGGCAGCCGCUGCCUCUGAUAGAUCCACGGGUGUCUCUCUACUGAGUGACUGAUGGGCUCGGGGUUCAGAUGUCUGCCUGCUUCUGCCUGAGUCUGACUGACAGCCUGCCUGCCUCUCUGCCUGCCUGUCUGUCUGUCUGUCUGUCUGUGUGUCUGCCUGGCUGGCCACCUGUCCUGUUCAUUGACUCCUCCUGUCCGUCUACCUCCCUGACCAGCCCAUGUCUGCUGUCUGUCCAUCCCCAGCUGAUCACUCCCUGUCCUACAAUGACCAUCUUCUCUCCCUGUGUGACCUCUCUGGGAUGUAACUGACCAUUGCCUGGGCCCCCCGCUGGCUCCUGUGUGUGCCCCGAGCCCAGCUGCUAUCUGUCCGGGUGACAGGUCCUAUGCCUGUCUGGUUGGUGACUCAGGGCAGGCUUCGGAAUUCCCACCCGAACCCCUCCCUGGCUGCUCUCUCAGACCCUCAUCUCCCGCCCCUCGCUGAGCCCAGCUGCCACCCCUGGGAGCCCACUGGAUUGCCCUGAACGCACGGACUGGAUGUCUGAGGGACAAGCUGGAAGAGCAGGCCCCCGGGAGUCAGCAUGACGUUCACAUGGGCCACCUCCCUCUUCCUACUGAUGCUGCAGGGUGCCUGGGGUUGCUCAGACCUUGUCUGCUACAGUGAUUACCUCCAGACAAUCACCUGCAUCCUGGAGACGUGGACCCUCCCCCCGGGCACGCUCACCCUCACCUGGCAAGACCUGGAAGAAGAUCUGGAGGAUGAGGUCACCUCCUGCAGCCUCCACCGGUCCACCCACAACACAACACAUGCCAAGUACAUGUGCCACAUGGAUAUGUCCUCCUUCAUGGCCGACUACAUUUUCAGUGUCAACAUGACGGACCCGUUGGGCAACCACUCUGAGGAGUGCGGCAGGUUUAUCCUGGCUUACAGCAUCAAGCCGUCUCCUCCUUUCAACAUCACUGUGACCUUCUCAGGACGUUAUAACAUCUCUUGGAGCUCCAAUUAUGAUUCCUUGGCCCUCAAGGACAAGCUUCAGUACGAGCUGCAGUACAGGAAGCUGGGAGACCUCUGGACCCUGAGUCCACGGAGAAAGCUGAUCUCCGUGGAUUCCAGAAGCGUCUCCCUCCUUCCCUUGGAGUUCCUCAGAGGCUCCAGCUAUGAGCUGCAAAUGCGGGCAGGGCCCCAACCUGGCUCCAUCUUCCGGGGCACCUGGAGCGAGUGGAGUGAGCCAGUUAUCUUUCACACCCAGCCAGAAGUGGUAGAGGGAGGCUGGCACACUGACCUGCUGUAUCUCCUGUUCUUCAUAUUCCCUGUCCUCGUCUGCCUGAGCCUGAAGAUCCGUCUGCCGUGGAGGCUGUGGAAGGUGUGGGUGCAGAUUCCCAGCCCAGAACCAUUCUUCCAACCGCUAUAUGAGGGCCACAGAGGAGACUUCAAGAAAUGGGUGGGCACACCCUUCCCUCCCUCCAGCCUGGAGCUGGCUCCCUGGAGCCCAGGGGUGCUCUCGACCCUGGAGAUGUACAACUGCUGCCCCCCACCGAAUGCAGCCAAGGGGCUGGAGCUCACGGUGCUUUCGGGGCCUGCGGAUCUGGUGGAAUCAGACGGGGUGCCUGAGCCGGGCUCCUGGGGCCCAGCCCCCUCCACUACGGGUAGCUUGGGCAGCUUAGCCUUCAGCCAGGAGCCAGAGCGGCCGUACGGCCUGGUAUCCAUCGACACGGUGAUGGUGGUGGGUGCAGAGGAGCCAUGUACGUGGCCCUGCACCUGUGAGGAUGAUGGCUACCCAGCGCUGAACCUGGACACCAGCCUGGAGCCGGGCCCAGGCACUGAAGACCCACUCUUGGGCACAGGGGCCACAGUUCUGUCCUGUGGCUGCGUCACAACUGGUGAACCUGCUGGGCUGGGGGAGCCCCUGGGCAGCCUCCUGGACAGACUAAGGCUGCCCCUUGAAGGAGAGGCGGGUUGGGUGCCGGGGCCACCCUGGGGUGGCAGGCCACCCCGAGGGGCAUCUGACAGCGAGGCGGGCUCACCUCCCGCUGGCCUGGACAUGGACACAUUUGACAGCGGCUUCGCGGGCUCGGACUGUGGCAGCCCCGUGGAGUGUGACUUCAUCAGCCCCAGGGACGAAGGGCCCCCCAGGAGCUACCUCCGCCAGUGGGUGGUCAUGGCCCCUCCACCUACGGGACCUGGGCCCCAAGCCAGCUAGUGAGGCUGACUGGCCAUGCAGAGAUGGCCGCGCCCCUGGGCCAUGAGCCAAAGCCGUGGUCACCUGGACUGUGGUGAAGAGGUCUGCAGCCUUCAGUCUCCUGGAUGGGGCCCCGAGCCUGGAGUGCACAACGUGUGUGUGCAGUUCAGGUGCACACUGGUGUCUGUGUGUGUGAGCAGCAUGCGAGCCUAUGUGCACACGGUGACAGCCUCCCGCCCUGCCAGGCACAUGGGGUGGCUCCUGGGUCAUGUGCUAAGAGGCUGGUCCAGUGUUGUCCAUAGGGCCUCUGGGGACCAGGGCACUGCCUGUGACAGACACCAAGCCCUGCCCUCCAGGUCUGGUGUCUCCAGAAGCUACAAGAAGUCAUAUUCUUCCUAAUCAAGGAGAUGGAGCAAGCCCACAGUGACCCUGGGGGUGGGCAGAUUGGAGGCGGCCCGUGGACCUACGUCUGAGUCCCAUCUCUGACGUCUCCUGGCUGGGCCACCUCGGGUGAGUCGCUCCCCAUCUCUGGGCUGGGGUUUCCUGUCUGGACAACGUGGAUGGCACAACCGACCUUUGAGGGAAAUCAGUGAGGUCGCCCACGCAGUGUGCAGCCUGGAGCAGACCCUCAAUAAACGUCAGCUUCCUUCCUUCUG